AUGGGAGGUCUUCCCGACGUUAAACGUGGUCAUGUGGUCUGCAUCCUUGGUCCAAUGUUCAGCGGCAAAACGACCGAGCUGAUUCGUAUGCACGAUCGAUACAGAAUCGCUGGAAAGAGGUGUAUUCUAGUCAAGUAUGCCGGGGAUACGAGAUAUGACCCAGAGUUAAUUGUAACUCACAAAAGAGUGACGGCAGAAGGCGCUACUCUAAUUGCGAGGACUUUGAGGGAGGUGCGGAGUCAUCUGUUUGCUGCAGAAAACGAAGUGAUCGCCAUUGACGAGGGACAAUUCUUCGACGAUUUGGCCUAUACAUGCGAACAACUGGCAUGUGAAGGAAAAACUGUAAUAAUUGCGGCUUUAGAUGGGACUUUUCUGAGAAAGCCCUUCGCUGAAGUGUCGCAACUGAUCUCGUUCUGUGAUGAGAUCAAGAAGCUCUGUGCUGUAUGUAUGGAAUGCGGCGCGGAUGCCCCGUUUACAUUUAGAAGCACUAAUGAAAAAGCAUUAGAAGUGAUCGGGGGUGAGGAUACGUAUCGAGCGCUAUGCAGGAUUUGUUUCUAUUCAUGUUCGCUUCGCAAAGGCAGCGAACGUUCCAGAAGAGGAUGA